AUGGACUGUCCAAAAGGGGCUCUACGACAGCUUACAUUAGAACUACAAAGGUACGACAUAACAAGUCGAGUCGCGAACGCCAAAAUAAGUAAAGGGAUGGGAUAUCGGCAUAUAAUCGGGAAAGGCAGUAAACACCAAGAAACAAACGAAAAUGGAGAAAAGCUAAGAGAAUUCGCACAGGAAAACAGCAUGAUAGUAAAAAGCACAGUUUUUGCAAGCAAAAAAAUACAUACUUGGAUAUCUCCAGAUGACAAGAAGAUCAACCAAAUAGAUCAUGUAUUAAUAGACAAAAGAAAUGCACAACUAGUCACCAACAUAAGAAGUUAUAGAGGUGCUGAAUCAAGUACAGACCUCAUUUUAGUAAUAUCACAUAUUGAAGAAGAAAUACCAAAAAAGGAAAAAAUUGACAGGGCACAACGAGACACAGAUUUAAGAAAAUUCAAAGAAGGGGGCAUACAACAAUUGUACGAUCAAAAACUGACAGACAACAUAAAGAAAAACAGAAAGACAGACUCACUAGAAGAAAAAUGGGAAAUGCUACAAAACAAUAUAUGGACUACCACAAAAGACGUAAUAGGAUUCAAGACAAGCCAUACGAACAAAGCGGAAUGGUUUGAUGACGAAUGUAGAACAGCAUUAGAAACUGGAAGAAAAGCAAGAGAGACGUACAUGAGAACAAGAAAAGAAAAACAUCAAAAGCAGUACCAACAAGACAACAUAAAAAAAAACGUACGAAUAUGGAAGCACAGAUGCGACAGAUUGAAGAAACCUUCUGUAAGAGACGACCAAGCAAGUGUAAAACGAUGGGCGGAAUACCUCGAAGAACUAUUAAACGAACAGAGCACAGAUCAAGACAUAAGCGAAUUCAGUAACGAUAGGUUAGAAGAUCAGAAUGAAAUAAGCGAGCCAGACGUACAAGAAAUCCGAGAAAUACUAAAACAAAUGAAGAACAACAAAGCUCCAGGCAACAAUGAAAUAAGACCCGAGAUGUUGAAGUAUGGAGGAGAAGAAUUAGUACAAGAAAUACAUGAAGAAGCGGUACUGUGCCCGAUAUUAAAGAAAGGUGACAACACAAAAUGCGAAAAUUACCGCGCAAUAGCGCUACUAGAUGUAACCUACAAGAUACUAACUACAUGCAUAAACAGAAGGCUCAAACAGCACAUGCAAGGAGCUGUAGGAGAAUACCAGGCAGGAUAUAGAAAGCACAGGUCAACUGUAGAUCAAAUUUUCAUGCUAAAAGAACUGUUUAUAGACUUCAAAAAAGCCUAUGAUACAAUCAAUAGGAAAGAACUAGUGACAGCCAUACAAGAGCUAGAAAUACCAAAUAAAAUGAUUAGAUUACUGGAAUAA